GUCGCUCCUGCUCUCUCGUCUCGCCCCCACACAUCGUCCCUACGUUUCUUUCCUGCCUUUCCUCCUCGUACCGCAACAAUGGGUCUCUCCGUCUCCCGGCUUCUUUCCGGCCUCUUCGGCAAGAAGGAGAUGCGUAUAUUGAUGGUUGGUCUGGACGCCGCUGGUAAGACCACCAUCCUGUACAAGCUCAAGUUGGGCGAGAUUGUUACCACUAUCCCUACAAUUGGUUUCAAUGUUGAGACUGUCGAGUAUAAGAACAUUUCAUUCACCGUGUGGGAUGUCGGAGGACAGGACAAGAUCCGUCCCCUCUGGAGGCAUUACUUCCAGAACACUCAAGGUAUCAUCUUCGUCGUCGACUCCAACGAUCGGGAACGUAUCUCGGAGGCCCGUGAGGAGCUCCAGCGGAUGCUCAACGAGGAUGAGCUCCGUGAUGCCCUACUGCUCGUUUUCGCCAACAAGCAGGAUCUGCCCAACGCCAUGAACGCGGCGGAGAUUACGGACAAGCUUGGCCUCCACGGUCUCCGGCAGCGGACGUGGUUCAUUCAGGCGGCGUGUGCGACGAGCGGAGAUGGCCUGUACGAGGGUCUCGAGUGGCUCAGCGCCAACAUCAAGCGACGGGUGUAAGCGGCGUCGUCGCGCGUGGGUUCCUCUUCAACGUUGCCGAACGUUCAUGUCUUAUGAUCCUUACGAUAUCGAAGAGGGUUGCACUGGUUACCUCGUUUCCUCUUGCUGAGCUGUCUUCCACAGUAUCCUCUCCCGUUUUCGGUUUUGAUCCCCGCUUUUUCUUCUGUGCCAUAUAACGUAACUCGGAGUUCAUUUUUCUCUUAUCGUACGCACAGCUGUACGUCGAUGUGCCCCUCGGUGGCCUCCAAAAUGCUGUUCCGACUAGAGAAAGCAUAUACACUGGUAUAAUUAACGAUUGAAACGGG